UCUCCAGUGCCAGAAGAUCUCACAGUUUAACGAAAGGUCUCAAGCAAGCAGCGCUCAACGAUGACGGCAAUCAAGUUUCUAGCAGCUUUGCUGGCACUCAGUGCCAUAGCUCUCUCCGCUGAGGCCCUGAACAUUGAGCCGCGCAGCAGUUGGGGCGCAGUGGCUGCCCGUUCGCCAGCCAGGAUAAGUGGCGCCGUGGAUUAUGUGAUCAUACAUCACUCGGACAAUCCCAAUGGCUGCAGCAGUUCGGAUCAGUGCAAACGGAUGAUCAAGGCCAUACAAACGGACCACAAGGGCAGGCGCAAGUUCAGCGACAUUGGCUACAAUUUCAUUGUCGCCGGCGAUGGGAAGGUGUACGAGGGCCGCGGCUUUGGCCUGCAGGGCUCCCAUGCGCCCAACUACAAUCGCAACAGCAUUGGCAUUGUGUUUAUUGGAAACUUUGAGAGCACCAAGCCAUCCUCGCAGAUGCUGCAGAAUGCCAAGGAUCUGAUUGCCAUGGCCAAGCAGGGGGGACACCUAAAGGACACCUACACGCUGCUGGGACAUCGCCAGACCAAGGCCACCGCCUGCCCGGGCACAGCUCUCUUCAAUGAGAUCAAGACCUGGCCCAACUGGAGGAGCAUUUAAGUGGAGACUUUCUCGUUAAUUCUUUAUUAGUUUGCUGCUAGAAUAAAUUUAUGUACAAAGA